ACUUCGUUGUCUCUCUGUAUGCACACGGCACGUCCUGGUACGCUGCGCACAGUACUAAAGUACAACCUGUUGUACGUAACACGCACUCAGUAUUGGAAAGACUGUCUAAUUAAGAUGGCGUACUUAGGUACCGUGUGCAGAGGUUUCAUCCUCCUUCUCAUCCUUUCAAACUUUUUGACGAUCUCGGGGGCGACGUCGACGAGAGAAUCGAGGGAUACACACGAGCAUGACCAUGACCACGAACAUGAACACGAACACAACCAUGAUGACUUUGUGGAAAUUGGAAAUUAUCUUUUGGAAGCUGAGCUUGCCGAACUGAGGGAGGAAUUCGACUUUUCGCACAAUCCGGAGCAGAACAUUUCUUAUUCCCAAGUUCUGUCUUUGGUUGAAAUAGUUUUCGGGCGAAUCGAUUGUGAACACCGGGUGGAUAACUGCACAAAGUGUCAGAAUGAUUUUACAGAAGAUGUCUUCUCAACCAUGGGGAUCGAUGUCGACCACGGGUUCGACGAGGCCACAUUCCUCCACGCCAGCUCCAUCCUCCUUUACGGGACCUACGAGAUGGUUUCCGUCUGCCACGCCGGCCCGGGUGGGACCGACCUCACCGAGAGCGUGGUCAUGACGUCACUCAUGACCACGGCGCCCGAUUCUUCGAACGCGACCUUGGGCGAGGCUGACCUGGAAGUGAUUCUUGACACGAUAAAACAGAACUAUACUGCAACAACCAUGGCCACGUGCUUCAACGUCGAAUCCGUAUUCGAAGAAAACGUGGCUGACCACGAGACAGGAGCUGACGACCACGAGACGCACCACAUCGCCCAGGUCGUGAUCAACGGACUCCUUCAUGGUCAUUGCAUUGGAGAGCCUUCGAUGCCGUCGACCGCAGCGUUCACCGAAUAUAUAUUCGGCAUAUACGGAACGUCAGGGGUCAUCCCAGAGGAAGAGUUUAUUCAUAUAAUGAUGGAUCUGGGCAUCGGCGAGCAUGCAGGCCACGACCAUGACCACGACCACGAACACGACCACGCCCGUAGGAGAAGGGAUAUCGUGGCAGCUGAUGACCAUGAUCACGACCACCCUGGUCACGAUCAUGACCACGAUCACACCCGAAAGAGGAGGGAAGCCAUGGCAGCUGAUGACCAUGAUCAUGACCACCCUGGUCACGAUCAUGAUCACGAUCACACCCGAAAGAGGAGGGAAGCCAUGGCAACUGAUGACCAUGAUCAUGACCACCCUGGUCACGAUCAUGAUCACGAUCACACCCGAAAGAGGAGGGAAGCCAUGGCAACUGAUGACCAUGACCACGACCAUCCUGGUCAUGAUCAUGACCACGAUCACACCCGAAAGAGGAGGGAAGCCAUGGCAACUGAUGACCAUGACCACGACCAUCCUGGUCACGAUCAUGACCACGAUCACACCCGAAAGAGGAGGGAAGCCAUGGCAGCUGAUGACCAUGAUCAUGACCACCCUGGUCACGAUCAUGACCACGAUCACACACGAAAGAGGAGGGAAGCCAUGGCAACUGAUGAUCAUGAUCACGACCACCCUGGUCACGAUCAUGACCACGAUCACACACGAAAGAGGAGGGAAGCCAUGGCAGCUGAUGACCAUGAUCACGACCAUCCUGGUCAUGAUCAUGACCACGAUCACACCCGUAGGAGGAGAGAUGUCAUGUCAACGGGCUCGAAGAGACGGAGCAUUAAGAAACGAGCUACAGUACUGGCUGAUGAUGGCCACAACCAUGAUGACCACGAUCACGAUCAUCAUAAUCACUCGCACGUACCGGAUGUUGCAACGACCUGUGUUUCAAGCGAGGAACUUCUCGACAUCUACGGCAUCGACCACGAGGAGGGGCUUACCCAAGAACAGUUCAACGCACUGUCUCCAUCACUGGUGCAACAGAUUUUGAGUGGCGCAUGCGCAGAGACCACCGUCACUGAGCCGUCUGAAAUACCCAUAGCCCAAGUAUGGGGAUAUGGCACUUUGGCCGUGUUAAUCAUCAGUUUAUUCUCGGUCUUUGGUGGCCUGUUCGUACCGUGCAUGUCGGAUUCAGUCUACGACAAAACCAUACAGACCAUGAUAGCAUUGGCCGUGGCCACAUUGACUGGUGAUGCUCUCUUGCAUCUUCUCCCACAGGCUGUAGGAUUACACUCUCACGACCACAGCCAUGAUGAGGGUGCCCACAAACCAACUAGCCCUGAGAUGGCCUAUAUAUGGAAGUGUCUCGUUGUAGAGAUGGCUCUUUACGUGUUCUUCGUCUUCGAGCAAACCACUACUUUCUUGGGGGUCUUCGGACACUCACACAACCACGCAGUAGGAGACAUGGAGAUGACAAUCAACGGGCAACGUCGGCGUAGCUUGUCCACUCGGAAUUCCUUCAUCAAGAACGGUUCGCCGGCGGUGAACGGUAAGGCGUUCACCGAACCGACGAUCACCGAGUCAAAAACUGAUCUGGCAAACCAUGAGGAAAAACUACACGAGGCUGUUGAAAUUCCAACGGCAGAAACCAAUUGCUGCAUAGAAGGUUGCAAUCCUGUUGCCAUGAUGAUUAUCUUGGGCGAUGCGUUGCAUAACUUCGGAGACGGACUGGCUAUCGGUGCUGCCUUCACACUCAGUCUCGCUGCUGGACUUUCCACGAGCGUAGCUGUCCUCUGCCACGAGCUUCCUCACGAACUAGGUGAUUUGGCCGUCCUCAUAAAGCAAGGAAUGCGGCUCCGCACGGCGCUACUUCUGAACCUGCUCUGCGCAUGUACGGCUUUCCUCGGAUUGUGGGUCGGAAUACCACUUGGCCAAACCGAUGUUGCCCGAGAGUGGAUCUUCGCUGCAGUGGCAGGCAUGUUCCUCUACGUCGGGCUCGUUGACAUGCUUCCCAUUUUACUAAACUACGAAGGAAAGAGCAGCAAGGGCACCGUGGCAAUCUUGCAGAAUAUAGGCUUCUUAUUGGGCAUCGGCAUCAUACUGGUCAUCGCUCUUUAUGAAGACUCCAUCUCAUUCGCUCUUUAGAAAUAAACAGGAUCACAGCGUUCCAUGACAUUUUGCUCCGGCCGCUUUUGCUCCAAUGGAAAAUCAGCACGCUUAAUAUGAAAAAAAAAAUAAAGCCUUGACAUCAAAGCCUAGUAAACACUAAUCCUAAUAUCUUUACAUUUAUUCUGAACCAGAAACUAUAUUACAGUCCUAACUCUAACCCUAUAUGCCCUCUGAGAUGACCUUAAGCCGUCCCUCGGAGAGGACCUUAAGCCGUCGGUCCUCUGGCAUUCAUGCUUUCUUAGCAAUCAGGUUAAAAAUCACCCUGUACUAUAUAAGACAGGAGCAAAUGUCGCGGGAACACACAUGUCGUGUCACUGAUCAGAUCUCGGACCAUGCAACGGACGGAAUUAUUAUAGGGGAGGGUGGGGCCUAAUGAAGGAAAGAGGGCGCUAUACGUAAUCGUGUUUUAUUGUUUGCUGGUAUUCUGGUGUACAGAUUUGUUGAUCGAGGAAAACUCAUUAAUUUGAACACCAAUUUGAAUGGACACUUCUACGCAAUAAUCUACUUAUUUACUUUUCAAAUAUAUGUAUUUAUAUAUAUCGCAGUUAUUGUAUUUUUCAGUUAAAGAAGUGGAACGAAAUUUCCUUAAUUAUCCGUCCAAUCAGGCUGUUUACAACUUAGAAUAUACAACAUAUCUGUAUCACCCGCAAACCAUCAAAACAGCAAUCUUGCUCCACAUUUGCCGUCCAUCCCUCCCACCCCCAAAACCCUCGACUUGGGACUGGAUCUUUUAAUACCGUUUACAUACGGACAAAUGCUUCACAAUAAUAAUGGUUGACCGUCACUAUCAUACUUUUAAUGCUUUUUCCUCAAAGGAAAAUGGAACCUUUGGAACAAGAUAGCUUGUGCGAAAACAGAAAAAUCAAAGACACCGAUCAACGAAAGUUUGAGAAAAAAAUGAAUAAAUAAUAAGUUAUGAGCAAUUGAAAUUUAAAUCAUUGUUGUAAUGUAGAUCCUCCAAUUGACAACGCGACAAUCUAUUAAUCACGUGUGAACAACUUUCCAUUACUUGUGUAUAUAUUUCACCUACGACCUCUUUUAUCACAUCUAUCAGUA